AUGAGCGUCUACAGUGAUGCCUCCAACGAGGACAUGAGCGACGAGCUGGAGACUUUAGGGUGGUACCACUACGACCUGUCCCGGCACGCUGCAGAGGCCCUUCUCCUGUCCAACGGGGCGGAUGGAAGUUACCUCCUGAGGAACAGUAACGAUGGUCCAGGUUGUUUCGCUCUGUCCGUCAGAGCGAAGGACUCGGUGAAGCAUUUUCAAGUGACGCGCAGAGACAACGUCUACAUGUUCGGGUUUAAUGAGUUCUCCAGUUUUCAGGAUUUCAUCAACCACUUCGCCAACCAGCCUCUGCUGGGGAGUGACACAGGAACACUCAUGGUGCUCAAGUGUCCGUACCCGUGGCACGUGGAGGAGCCGUCCAUCUACGAGUCUGUGCGGGUUCACACCGCCAUACAGACGGGCCGCACGCAGGAUGAUCUGGUGGCUAUUGCACCUGCGCUUGGCACAAAGGAGGGGUACCUGGUGAAACAAGGUGCGUUUGUAAAGAGCUGGAAACAGAGGUGGUUCACACUCUACCGAUAUGAACUGAAAUACUUCAAAGACAAAAUGUGUGAGGAGCCCAUUCGGACCCUGGAUCUAAGAUCGUGCUCUGCAGUCCAGUUUGACUACUCUCAGGACAGAGUCAACUGCUUCUGCCUGGUGUUUCCCGAGCGAACGUUUUACCUCUGUUCAAAAACAGGAGUGGAGGCAGAUGAGUGGAUCAAGAUCCUUCAGUGGAAACUGUCUCAGAUAAGAAAAGGUCGAUGACUGCCGUCCCUCCAGACACAAGAAAGCAGUUAACUGAGAG